UUUUUUCUUUUUUUUUUUAAAAAAAAAAAAUAUACAAAUAUUUAAAACAAACAUAAUGGGUUAUGGAGAUCAAAGAGGUGGACGUGGUGGAUUUCGUGGGGGUCGUGGAGGUGGAAGAGGUGGAUUUAAUAGCCAACAAGGACCACCAGCCGAAGUAGUUGUUGUUGGUACAUUUGUUAGUGCUUGCGAAGGUGAAAUGGUCUGCAAAUUGAAUAAUCCUAAGGUUCCAUUCUUCAAUGCACCCAUUUACCUUCAAGACAAGACUAUGAUUGGUAAAAUUGAUGAAAUUCUCGGUCCUGUAAACGAAGUUUAUUUUACUGUAAAGAUGCAGGAUGGUCAUAGUACAAAUAAUUUUAAAUUAGAUGAUAAAGUCUAUAUUGCACUUGACAAAUUAUUACCAAUGGAUCGUUUCUUACCUAAACCUAAAGUAGCUGGAAAAGUUUCAAAGCCUACUGGUCUUCAAGGCAAGAUUGAAAAGAGACAAACUAAUACUCGUGGUGGAGCAAGAGGCGGUAGUAGAGGCGGUGCUCGUGGUGGUGCUCGUGGUGGUGCCCGCGGUGGUGCUCGCGGCGGUAGUCGUGGUGGUAGUCGUGGUGGUGGCCGUGGUGGCUCCCGUGGUGGAUUUAAUAAUAAUCGUGGACGUGGAGGCUUUAACUCAUCAUCAUCUCGUUCUAGUAACCACGUUACUUUUAAUUAAAUUCUAUUGUAAAUAUAGCAUUUAUACUGCAAAAAAAAAAAAAGAAUCCCUUAA